AUGGCAGAUCGGUCUAUUGGAGGGGACAAGGAGGUUGGCGAGGUCACUGUCCCGAUCCACGAGCUUUACCAGAAUGUCAAUUCGAAUCUCGGCGAGGAAAAGGUUGUUGAAUAUCAGUUGUCAGUUCAAGAGUUCCCAGCAAACUCUUCUGUUAUGGAUUUGCUGGAAAGGGCUGGUCAAGGUAGUUUUAGAUGGACACCGUAUGGAUUCCCUCUUAAGGAGGAGCUAAGGCCUUGGCUGAACCAUGAACAAGUCAAUGAUCCCACCUGCAAGCUAAAAAUGGGCGAUGUAAUUGAAUUAACUCCGCCCAUACCAGAUAAGUCUUUAACAAAGUGUCGGGAGGAGAUACAGCGCAUGUAUAAUUGUGGUGUUACUAUAUCAAGCACAGUGCUUGCUGCCAGUAGGCCCAGUACUAUGGGUAGCUUGAUAAGUUGA